UGGAUAAUUACGUGUUUAUAGCCCGAAUCCAGCUCAAUUUAAUGCCAUGCGAUUUUUACGAUUUUUUAAUAUAUUGCAAAAAAUAAAUUAAAUAGGGGCAACUUGUUUUUUAAUUACGACUGUUUUUCUGCGUGCAAAAUGUUUUGUCGAAGACUUCACGUGUCGAUUAAAUUGAAAAAUGUCAUGGGUUAUGUCAAUGAAUCCAAUCUUCUUGUCACAUGUGCUAAACAACCCCAAAAUGAGCAUCCGCAACUCAGGUGGCAGCCUGCAAUCAGUAACUUCUGCACACAAAAGUUGCCAAAGACAGCCAAUGUCUUCGGAGACAUCUCCGGUAGGAAAUUCGACCACUUCAAGAUGGACGAGAGGGAGAAGGAGGAGGAAAACUUCCAGGACACCGAAGGGCGCAUUCCACGUCGACUGAAACCCAGUGCAGGGCAGUACGCCAAGAUGAUGAAGUCGCACAUAGCUAAGAAGAAUCUGAAAUCUGCUCUGCAGGUGCUGGAUCUGAUGAAGGAGAACCGGGACAAGCCCACAAUAUACCUUUACAAUCUUCUGUUGCACUCUUUCGCUGAUCAGGGUGACCUGAAGCAGUGCUUUCGUCUGUACAACAAGGCGAAGAAGCACGGAUUGCAGCCAAACGCAGCCACCUAUACCUGCUUGUUCAAUGUAUGCGCUGUGUGCGACAGGACCGAGGAAGCUUUGGAGCAUUUGAACAAACUGAGACAGUCCCUUUAUGAGAAGCAGUUUCCCUUGAACAACACUCAUUACAAUGCCAUGAUGAAGGCGUACAGCUGGCACAACAGGCUCACCGAGGCCUUUCAACUGGCGGACGAGAUGAGGGACAAUAAUAUUCCCAUCAAAGAGAUCACUUACAACUCGCUAUUUCACGCGGCGAUUGCUGAUAAGGAGGCUGGCUUGCGACACGCUCUAAUCAUAUGGCAUCUAAUGCGCCUGAAGAAGGUCAACCCGAGCUUGACCACGUACAAUCUGCUGCUGAGGACGAUCAGAGACUCUGGUCUGGGGAAUUUGAAGCUCGACGACGUCCUUAUUUCGGGAUGGGAGAAAAGCAGAAUCGUGUUGGCGGAGGGCGAGAGGCCGAAUUUGUUGGCCUCUCCACCUGUUUUGAGUUCGAUGUUAUUAUUAACGGACAAGGGUCAGGUUGCGCAGCGUGGUGAUGCUGAUCCGAGAGAGCAGGUGGAAUCUAUAAAUUUAAACGACGUCUUCGUGAAUAAUCGCUUGAUCCUGUUUGGCGGUCUGGAAGGAUUCUUGAAUAAGAUGGAUCGCAGCAAAGUCAACCCCGACAUCAAAACUAUUACGUUGCUGCUCUAUGUGAUUCCGAACACGACCCAAGCUGAGAAUCUGCUCAUCGAAAUAGCGGAGAAGAGGAACAUCGAGCUGGACAUCGACUUCUUCAACAUGGUCAUCAAAAGACGCAGUCUGCGAUUCGAUUACAAAAGCGCGAAGGAAGUGAUAAACUUGACGGAGAAGAGGAACCUUACCCCAACUGUGAUGACCUUCGGGGUCCUGGCACUCGGUUGUCAAGAGUGCAGAGACGCCCAAGAAUUUUUGAGAGGAAUGGAAGCUUUUGGUUACGUACCCAACAGAAUAAUCAUGAGUACUCUCAUCAAUGUAGCUUGCCACAAGAAGAACUUUGAAUACCUGUUAUUUGUCAUGAAUUAUAUGCUGGAGAAUAAUAUGAAACCCAACACGCAAGCCUUCAGAGACGUGGACAAAUUUGCGAAAGAGAUACCGAACAUCAAGAAGCCGACAGGACUAUACAGAUUACGAAAACUAAAGCGACUGGAGAAGAACAUCGAGCAAUUCGAGCAGCAGUAUCCGAAGUGGCAGAAGAUACAAGACAAUUCGUCGGAGAAUUGAUUGUAUUGUCAGGAAAAUUUUCGAAAGGAUUGAUAAAUUGUUGUCAACACGCUCGCAAAUAUAUACAUAUGUGAAAUGAAGAGGCUCGAGGAGUCAGCGAAGGUAAGGAGGACGCGUCUCCUGCGUCCAAGGUCGACUUCUACCGCCGCCGCUGAUCGCGCGCGACGGACAGCUUCCGCGAAUGCUGAGCUUGUUGUAUCCGGUAGGACCUGUCGGCUGGGCCCCGCAAGUUUCUAGCGCCACGAACUCGUCCACGUGAAGGGACGGCGGUCUGGAAGUGUUGGGCGGUCUCGACCGGAAGGGAUCGGCUCCUCUUCCGACCCCGCCACCCACAGGACCACCUCGCAGUGGAUUGGCGAACUGUGUGCGACCUCGUACCGGUGUCACUAAAAAGAAAUAGAAAAUAUAUAGUGGACCAUGAUUGUAAUUAAUUAUUCAUACAAUAGAUUAAUGACAAACUUAAAAAUACAAAGUAAGUCACUU